AUGAUAUCCAAAGUAUGCAGAUAUAACACAAGGAUAAUACCCAGAACAAUCUUCCCUAAACGCCCUCACCAAAUCUCAGCAUUCCUCGUAUCAUCUCAUAAGAUAUUAUCCCUCAGAUAUAACUCAUCCACUACUUCCACUAGUAAAACCCUAAAAUCCGCAUCAUUUGCCGUUCCUAAAGACCCACCUCCACCAAAGCAAGAACCAAACGUUCCGCAACAAGAUAUAGACGAUUUCAGAGCCACGAAGCUAAUCCAAGGAAUGACAGAUCUUCAUCUCGCUAUAACCAGCCGUGCCAGUGACAAGCUCAACUCCAUUGCUGCAGAAGAACCAAACCCUCAAGAUUGUGCUUUGAUGGUCAGUAUCCAAAGUGGAGGGUGUCAUGGGUUUCAAUAUGAUUUACAUUUGUCGUCGCUUUCCAAAGAAUUGGCCGAGAAUGAAGAUUUACUAGUAUUUGAACGGGAAAGUGGUGGAAAAAUUAUGAUUGAUGAAUCUAGUUUGGAAAUUUUACAGGAUUCAAAAUUGGAUUAUACUAAGGAAUUAAUUGGAAGUCAAUUUAAGAUUGUGGAUAGUCCAUAUACUAGUAGUUCUUGUGGAUGUGGUUCUUCAUUUGAAUUUGAUUUUGACAAAUUAGCGAAAAAGAAAUCAGAAGAGGCAACCACUUGA